AUGUCACAAGCACCCACAUCCCCCUUUGACAAUCCCCUAUCCUUCGCCUCGUGCUCCAUCGGCCUCCCCCGUCACACGCUCGAGCAGAAACUCGACGCCAUCGCCGCCGCCGGCUUCAACGGCAUCGAGCUCUCCUUCCCGGACCUCCAGUCCUUCGCGAACCGACACCUCGACAAGGGCGACGUCGCCGAGGAUGACUACGCCUCCCUCUGUGAGGCCGGGAAGCUCGUCCGCGGGCUGUGCGACCGCAAGAAGCUGCAGGUCAUGGUCCUGCAACCGUUUGCCAACUUCGAAGGGUGGCCGCGGGGCAGCAAGGAGCGCGAGGAAGCCUUCGCGCGCGCGAGGGGCUGGAUGGAGAUCAUGACCGCCGUCGGCACCGACAUGCUGCAGGUCGGCUCCUCGGACGCCCCCGGCAUCUCCUCGUCCUUCGAGGACCUCGCCGCCGACCUUGCCGAGCUGGCGGACCUCCUGGCCACCCGGGGCUUCCGCAUCGCGUACGAGAACUGGUGCUGGGCCACGCACGCGCCAUCGUGGAAGGACGUGUGGGACAUUGUCCAGCUCGCGGACCGGCCGAAUCUGGGGCUGUGUCUGGACACUUUCCAGUCCGCGGGCGGCGAGUUCGGCGACCCGACAACGGCGUCCGGGCGCAUCGAGGCGGGUGAGUUGGUGGAGGAAAAGCUGAGGUCGAGCUACGAGAGCUCGCUGCGGGACUUGACGAAGACGGUCCCGUCGGAGAAGAUCUACUUCCUGCAGAUCAGCGACGCGUACAAGGUCGAGCCGCCGUUGGGAACGGAGGCCGACGCGGAGGGGUUGCGGCCGAGAGGACGGUGGAGCCACGAUUACAGGCCGCUGCCGUAUGAUGGCGGGUAUCUGCCCAUUGUGCAGUUCCUCGAAGCCGUCAUGGGCACCGGGUUCCGUGGGUGGUUGUCGGUCGAGGUGUUUGACGGGAAGUUCGAGGACAAGUACGGCGACGAUCUGGAGAGGUAUGCGGCAAAGGGCAGGGAGGCUGUCGUGAAGAUGCUGGGGGAUAUGACUUUGGAUAAGAGUGGCUACUAG